AUGCAAUUCAUUACUAGCUAGCGGGUGCUGUUCUGUGCUGGCGAUGCAAUGAAGGUACUUCACGACGCUCGAGUAACUUCGUGGCUGUUCUCGCUGAUUCAUGUGCUCCAUCCGAGUGAGGGCCGGACCAUCUCUUUGGUCGAGUAUGUAGGAAUGUCCUCGAUGGCAAGGACGAGGCAGCGGCCCAGCAUCGACGGAUCGACGUCAAGCUUUCAAUCAGCUCGUAUAUUGGCUACAUCAAAAUCAGUCAUCAUCUCCUAAGGAAACGAUAUGAUUUGACACCUCGUCGCAGUACCGGGUACAGCCAUCAAUCAUAUCACGAGAGUAUAAUCCUCGGAAGCGUCAUACACCGAUUGUUGUAUGCAUUUGAACCCUCCAUCAAUGAACGUGUGUCUUAAAAGACUAAAAAGCUUCAUGUUCAGAAUGUAUCGAAGAACAGCCAGGUACUCGACGUACCUAUAGCCUCAGCUGGUUCUUCUCCCUGAGAUUUAGUUACCUCUACAGAACGGACAGGUUGUGGACAUCAUCGCCGUUAGCCACCGGAGUUCAUCCGCGGAUUUGGCUCCGACAGCCAAUGUCUGCCAGUGAACCCGUCGAUUGAAUCCAUGGCAGCUACUCGUUUCCAAGUAUGUUACAUGACUGUAUAGCUGUGCCUGUCAGGCAGCAAUCCAAUAAUGAUAGGCGUCUCUUUAUUCGUCCCCCAUGGCCGAAACCGAAAUCCAAUCGGAUCUUCUGGACCUCACUGAUUGGUUAUACGCAGGACCCGCAAUCUUUUAUAAAGGGAUUGCCACUCUUCUUUCUCUCUUCCAUUUUGACCAGGCACUCUUCCACUUCUUUUCUCUUUCUUAUUCCUAUUCCUAUUCAACUUUUCACAUUAAUUUUAUUCUAGUGAAACAUGUUGCACUCUCCUCUUGUGGCUCUUUCUCCUAUUUCGCCUAUUAGAGAGACAUUCCCUGCGAUUUGGCCGCCCCAACAGAGGAAGACCCAAGUUCAAAGCGUUCAAGUUCAAAGCGUAUAUGAUAUUUUAAGCAAAUCACUUAGUUUUACCAAUGACGGGAAAUUCUGGUGGGAUACGACAGGACGUAUGCUCGCGAGCAUGUUCAGUCUUUUAGGAUAUGAUGUCCACGUCCAGUAUUUCCACAUGCUCUUUUUCCACCUCCGUGUUCGGCCAUACAUGGGUCCGCGACCCAACUGGCAGAAUCAGGCGGAGUUCAAGUCCUAUAUGACCGAUGACCACACCCCAAUAGAAGUCAGCUGGAUCGUCAACCCUGACGGGACAGCCACUGUUCGGUAUGCUAUUGAGCCCAUCGACCUCAACAGUGACAACUCCAAGGCUGCUGCUCUCCAAAUGGUUGAAGAACUCAAGCCCGCUAUUCGAAACCUUAACCUCGAGUGGUUCGAUAUCUUGAACGAUGCUUUGGUUUGGCAUGGAAACAGCAACAUUGCUGGCGCAAAGCACGCUACGCAGUAUUUCUUAGGUUUUGAUUGCGCACACACCGGAAACGUCACUCUUAAGGCGUACUUCCUUCCUGAAAUCAAGUCAGUCAAGACACGGGUUUCCAAAGAUGAGCUUGUUUCCCGUGCGCUCGUGGCAUUGGACCACGGUUUGGAAACACCCUGGAAAGCAACUGUGGACUACUUUGACACUCUCCCAUCCUCAAUAAGACCGAGCGUGGAGAUCAUUGCCACCGACUGUGCGGCACCAAAAGACAGCAGAAUCAAGGUUUACGUUCGUACUCGAUCGACCAAGUUUUCUGACCUCGAAGGCCUCAUGACUUUGGGAGGAAAAUUGAAGGGUAAGGUCAUCGAGGACGCAAUGAGCAAUCUGACCAGCCUUUGGGAGAUGAUCAUGCGCGUCGACACGUCUGCUCCAGACUGGAAAGAACAGCGCCUUACUCCUCGCCUGUCGGUUGAAGCCAAUGACAACCAUAUUACAGGAGGCUUGUUGCUUUACUACGAACUCAAGCCAGGUUGCCCACUACCAUUCCCAAAAGUCUAUCUGCCCGUUCGUCACUACUGCUCCGACGAUCUUGCGAUCGCUGAGGGUAUGGAGGCGUAUCACCGUAAGAAGGGUGGCGUAUUUGUGGACGGUUACAUCCGCGAUGUGGAGUCCAUCUUUGGCAGACAUCGUUCAUUAAGUGCGAGAACAGGAAUCCACACAUACGUUUCGUUGGCAAUCAAGAAGUCGGACUUUGAGGUGACAAGUUAUUUCAACCCAGAGGCAUACGCUCCGGAGCGAUUCCUAUAAUCUAUCCUACUCAUAUACUAUCCUUCAUUUCUCUUUUUUUGUUUUCUUUGAGGUUCAUUCAUUUUUAUCGCCGUUCGUGACUCUUUCCUCUCAUACAAACAUUCUUUUACAUAAGUUAUACAUCCUGCGCUAGCGUAGGCAUGUUUGUUUAUUGAUUACUUAUUUAUUGAGUCACGAACAUUGGCAAAGCAGCAUGUAACAGUCAUUGCAUAGGAAGAAAAACAUGGCCGGUCUUAAUUGGUGUAU